CUGGCACAGAAAAAGGAGAUGAUACUCUACUAAUCAUAACCAUGAAGCUGCUGAUUGUGUCUGCAACCAUUUGUGCAGUUGUGGCUCUCACCACUUCUACUGCUACGAAGGCCAGGAAUGGGACUGUGGUGCGACCACUCACAGGAAAACAAUGUCCCCGCGGUUGGAUAAAGCAGUUCAAACAAUGUUUCCUCUAUGUUUCUCAUGCCCUGUCUUGGGCUCGGGCUCAGAGAAACUGUGCGCAACUGAAGGCAAACCUUGCAUCUGUUCACAGCAUCAUGCAGUACCAGUUCAUUCAGAAGCUGAUAUUUCAUGCUACGCAUGCGAAUGAGGAAGCAUGGCUAGGAGCCUCAGAUGCACAAGAGACUGGUUAUUGGUUUUGGAGUGAUGGAACACAGUUUAACUACUCAGAUUGGUGUCCUGGACAGCCAAACAAUGAUUAUUUUACCAGGGAGCGAUGCCUGCAGAUAAAUUCUUCAGAAAAGAAGUGUUGGGAUAAUAAGAGCUGUACCAACCUCCUCCCAUCUGUCUGUGUCAAGAACAUCGAAUCAUUCCUGGGUCACAGCAAAGCAUGAUACACCUGGCAACAAAGUAAACAAUCUCAUAUCCCCUAAAGAAUCUGUUUCUGAUAUUGCAACUGUACCUAUUUUCUUUGCUGUGAUGCUACAUAAGGAAUGAAAUGACAAGUGAUAUAACUUGGAGUUGGGUUGUUUCUUUUAAUAGGAACAGACUGAAUAUGUAAUGGAAAAUAAUUAUUUUCUUGCAAAACUUUAUUUUUCCAGAAUAAACUGCUUCUUUCUUAUUUUCUGCAACAUUAAAAAUAUUUGCACUGACACUUCUCUUUGAAUGUGAAACAAAUUUACAGGAGCUAAAUGUGUAGAGUAGGGCAGGUGAUGAAUAAAGAUUGUGUUUAUAUCUAACCAUUUGGUUUUAAGUAAAAAUACCAGAGAGCACAUGAUGCUGUGGAAAGAAUGGGGCUUGAAGGCCUGAUUUACUCUCUGAACAAAAAAGGAUUUCUAUUUAUUGUCAAAAAUUACAAAAAUGAACACUUGUAAUGCAACUUCAGUUGAAGGAUGACUUAUUCAAAAUGUACAAACCUAAGAAAGCAUAGCCAAGAAGCAAAGUGCUCCUCUGGGAGGUUUUGGUAUUAAGCAUGCAGACUCAAAAAACCAUAAGAAGAUCAGUUCUUCACUCAUGCUCUGUACUAUGUUGAUUUCUGAAUACUGUGUGAAACUUUUCAA